AAAAAGCCAAGUUCAAAGUUGAAGGGUAACAGGUUAUUGCCAAUAUGGCAGCAGGCAUGAGUUUUAGUAAAAUAUUUGCAACCUUUAGAUGUUCUUUAUUUGCCAGCUAUAGAAAAACAUUCUUACCAGCAGCUAGCCUUGUCCAGACAUGGUCCUGUGCAGAUUCAAGAAGGAAUGCCUCAACGACACCCUCAAACACCGAAUCGAAGAACAACGAGAAGUACUGCAUUGAUCUCGUUAGGGCCCGGGAUUAUGAAGGCUUCCUUUGUUCGCUGCUGCUGCCUGCAGAGGCUCGUGGAUCUUCCUUUGCUCUGAGGGCCUUCAAUGUGGAGCUGGCUCAGAUCAAGGAUUCAGUGUCCCAGAAGACAAUAGGGCUGAUGCGAAUGCAGUUUUGGAAGAAAACGCUAGAAGAUAUUUAUAACGAUGACCCUCCACCUCAACCUGUUGCCAUAGAACUGUGGAAGGCAGUGAAUAAGCACAAGCUGACAAAAAGGUGGUUCUCUAGAAUCAUUGAUGAAAGAGAAAAAGAUUUGAAUGACCGGGCUUACCAAAAUAUUCAAGAGCUAGAAGCUUAUGCAGAGAAUGCUCAAUCAAGUCUGAUAUAUCUAAUGUUGGAAGCACUGGGUGUAAAAGAUGUCCAUGCAGACCAUGCUGCGAGCCACAUUGGGAAAGCUCAGGGAAUAGUUACCUGUCUAAGAGCGACACCGUACAACAGCAGCAGACGCAGAGUCUACCUUCCAAUGGAUAUUUGCAUGCUGCACAGGGUUUCGCAGGAGGACUUCAUGCGAGGCAGUCGGGAGACAAACGUCAGGGAAGUCAUUUUUGACAUUGCAAGCCAAGCACAUGUUCAUUUACAGCACGCAAGAUCGUUCAACAAAAGUGUACCACCUAAAGCUGCUCCUGCCUUUAUGCUGACGGUUGGAUUGGAGGACUAUUUAGACAAAGUGAGAAAAGCGGACUUUGAUGUCUUUCACCCAAGUUUACAGACGAGAAACCCUCUGCUUCCCAUUAAUUUAUAUAUUCGCUCAUGGAAGAACACCUACUAACUUCAUGUUUUUAAACUGUUGUUAUAUUAUAUGAAUUGAUGUAUUACUGUCUGACUGCUGUGAAUUACAAAUCGCAAACAAAUUCUUUUCACACACACCCCCACCCCCAAUCUCAUGAUAAAUAUAUUCCACAGAUAAACACCACCUUGUUGUGCAAGUGGAAAUCUUACAUGAAAGAUAAUGAGUGACACACUUUUUUGGUUUGUGUCACAUUCUGUCCUUCUCUUAAUGAUGCCAGAAUGAUCGCAUCCAAAUCAUUUCUAUUACUCUUUGGAAAGGUUAUCAUCUGCUGACAUUGUAGGAAUAGAGGUGAGACACAUCAAUGUGCUUUCAAAAAGAAGCAUUUUAUUUACUUCACACAGCAACUUUAUAUGAAAAAAAUUCAUUUAAAAAAAAAAAAAAAGGUGGCUAUUUAGUUAAUAUUAAUUGUCCUCUGUGGAGAGUUGUUGACCCAGGUAUGUUAUUCAAUAUCAAUUAACAAAUGUUUUUGGUGCACUGUAUCUCAUAACAACUGUCUUCCGUUAUCUUUAUUUAUUUAAUUAUUUAUUUAACUACUGGAGCACAGCACAGCGGAAGUGAUAUUUUUUUCAAGUAGCUGGUCUUUUGGGGAGGGAAUGUGGCAAUAGACUGAGAUAUUUCUGCAAAAAUACCCCAUUUGUAAGAACAUAAGAACAUAAUAAAGUUUACAAACGAGAGGAGGCCAUUCGGCCCAUC